AUUCCUGCUGAGCUUUGCUGUGUUUCUCAGAAUGCAUUUUGUGAAUACUGGUGCAUUUUAGGUCAUGCUAACUUCAGACUGGCUGAGAAAAAGGAAAGUGUCCCCACGAAGUUUUUAAAAACGUUACGGCUCUUUUCGUCCCUCCUCUUUAAUCAAUUUGUAUUAAUUUCAAUUAAUAAUUGCUACUCUCAGGCCGGUUAGUACUGAUUCUUCUUCUUUUAAGCGACGUCAAGGAAUAAUUUACACCUGUUAUUCUACAGCAAGAAACAUGUGAGCAGGACAAUGGGGAAAAAAUUGCAUGGGCAAAAGGGGUGAUCAGCCUGUUCCAAAACAACCAAGCACAAUUUAAAAUAAAUUGAUUCAUUCCCCCCUCCCCCCGCCCCGGUUGCUAUUUAUUUUAUACUUCUUUUGAAAGUCGAACAACUACUGAGACAGGAAACAGUCGACCAUUAACAUAUGCUGCAUAAGACAGCAAUUUAACUUUUUUUUUUAAAAAAAAGUUGGAGUUUUAAAAACUUAUUUUGCUUUAUCAUCUUCCACAAUCACAUUUCCUCUUUCCAUUCUCCAAGUUGGGCUUUUCACACCAGCCCGAGCUAUCUUGUCUGCAACUGGAUUAGGCAAGAAGCUUCAUGGUGAAGUUGGUGGAGACUUCAUUUGUUGGCAAAUUAGAAAAUCUUUCAAAAGGCCAAGUUAGUGUGUGCCAGUUUUUCCUUCCUUUAGGGGAGGCACUCCACCCAUUUGAUAGGUACCCCACCCAAAAGUAGAGAGCUAUAAUUCAGUGGCACUGCUUUUUAAAAUGUCAUCUCUCCCUGGAGUUCAAACCCUAGUCUUGCUCUUUAACUUUCCUUUCGGCGUCUUUCUAUUCGAGGAUAUUCUCAUUUGUAGAAGCCUUUUGUUGGGCUGCUUAUGUUAAUUCUCAUUUGAGGAAAAACUCAUUUUGAUGUGAGAUGGGGUUCAUAAUGAUUUUAGGAUUGGCGUGUAGGGUUUUUUUUGGUGGGGGAAGGUGGUACAACUGUACUUUUAGGCUAUGAAAUAAAUUUAGAUGGUUAUUAACCUUUGAUCACCCACUCCUGUGAGAUGGAAGAGCAGACAUCCAACUCUUUUGUUAAUAUAUUUUAUAUAUAAUAACAGCAGGAUCGGCAAGACAGUUGUAAUGGAGUAUGUAUAUGAUUUAAGUUGAUACACUCUCAUUGAAGGCAGUGAGGCAAAACUGCUUUAAUCGUAGCAUUUCAUGUUAACUGAUUUGUAGAUCUAGCUUUAUAUAAAUUUGCUUGGUAUCCAAUACUUCACUGUAUUUAAAUCAAUUUUUCCCCCACACACAAAUCUGCAGGAGUUAUGUUUAUUUGAUCUGGUUUUUGCAUCUCUUUUUACCAAUUAAAACUGGGAAGCACUCCAAUUCCCAAAUCGGUGCCUAUCACGCAAUUGUAGAUAAUAUCAAACAAAUUCAUGCUGUAAUCUUUGAAAUAGUAUAGUGUAGAAACAUUUUGCAUGCAGAUUUUAAUAGAAUUUAACUGGGAGUUAUUCCAAGGAGGCUGAAUACUGAGUGUCGUUACUCUCCUCCAAUUCUCUUUUUUAAUGUUACUUAAAUUCGUCACUUUGAUAAUAGGAGGAAUUGGAAAACAUAUCUUCCUCAAGGCAUGUAGGAUAUACAACGCUUGUGUCUUCAUUUGUGCGGCUGAAAACCCCUAGCUAUAUGUGGAAGAUGAUACAGAAAGUUCAUCAAUUGUGCUUAUGUUCCUGUGCAAGGUUUACUUAAAUGCUAUGUUUCAGUUUUGCCUCAAACCAUUUUAAAUCACCUCUGGCCCUAUUUCUAGGUUCCUGAGAGAUUAGGUAUGACAGUUUCUGUUAUAUAAUGAACAGCAGUAUUGUUUGAACAAAGGUAACAUAUUUUGAUUUGUGUACUUCCCGCCCCCGCCUCCCCCCCAUGUUAGUUGGCAGUAGCAUCGCUCUAAAACGGGGAGCGUAAAUAUCUGGAUAUAUGAGACUUAUAGAACAGGAGAUGUUUCAAAAUCACUGCCCGUAUGAUACAUGAUACACAGUGCAAAGAGUAUGUACAGUAUAUGUUCCUUUCUUAUAUGUACACAAUGUACCUGCACACUAUUCUGGCCUUUAUAUGUUCGUAUAGGGUGGUGUUUUUUCCGGCAACUUGGGCUUCUCUCACCCGCUCUUGUAAGUGCAUCCUUUUCCACACCACAGAAAUGCCCUGUAAAAAGGGGGUGUUUUACAGAAAAUGGCCCACAUUAGUAAUUCUGUAGAAAUAUGUGUAUAAGAGUUUGUCUCACAAGUCUGUUUUGAAAAGAGUACUAGUUACGUUGUUUGGCUUGUGUGCAAAACAAACUGGUUAACAUCUAGGCUGUUGUUUUGGCCCCGAUACACCUAAAUGUAGGCCAUGGGUAGGCAAACUAAGGCCCAGGGGCCGGAUCCGGCCCAGUCGCCUUCUAAAUCCAACCCGCGGACGGUCCGGGAAUUAGCGUGUUUUUACAUGAGUAGAAUAUGCCCUUUUAUUUAAAAUGCACCUCUGGGUUAUUUGUGGGGCCUGCCUGGUGUUUUUACAUGAGUAGUCACCCCCCCCAAUAUAUAGUCCAGCCCCCCACAAGGUCUGAGGGACUGGUGGACCGGCCCCCCUGCUGAAGAAGUUUGCUGACCCCUGCACUAGGCAUAUAAAUUAACAUUUUCUGACACUUUCACAGGCAAAAAUGUGUGAAAAGUCAUUAGUUUUUCCCUUUGCCCUGAAGGUCAUAUAGCUCUGGCUCCACUGGACAAAUGGGAAGAGUGAAUACAAGAACGGACAGCAAUCUCUAGCCAUGUUCUGCCAGCCAAACUUCAGAUGUUCAGAUCUUCGAGUGUCUCUAGUUAUGGUAGGGGACAUACAUAUAUGCCGGAGAUCCUUUAUCAAAUGGAGCAUUACAAAGAACCUAGCCCUACUGUGUCAGUGGUCUUUGAACUAUAGAGUGCAUCAAUAUUAUUUGGGGGCUUGCAUAUUGUGUACCUUCUUGUGCAUGUGAUAGGAUUUAAUUCUAUGGAUGUUGAAUGAAGAUUUUGUAGGAAUGUUUCUAUACUUUUAUGGUAAAUCUUAUGAAAAUGAAGAAGUGCCAACAACCGCAGUGUACAACAUAGUAUUGCAUCCCUCAGUUUGGACCAGUUGGUGGUUCAAGUUUGGAUUAAUUCUCUGGUACUUUAAUGAAAUUCUCUUUAAUGAAAUGUUUGCACAUUAUGCAUGUCCCCAAACAACCUCUUUCAGAUGCUGUAUUACAUAUGUAAACUUAAUACUAUAUCAGGCACAACCGGUACUUUUUUUUUUUUUUAAAAAAAGUGCUACGAGCUACUUAAAGUUUCUUUUUAAAAGCAUUUUAAUAUUAUAAUAUUUUGAUGUAGGCACAAUUUUGACGGCAGCUGUUUAGUUGCAAGCAGGAUCUUCAAUAAAACCGAAAAAUAACCUGUUCGUUUUCAUCCUAUGGUGCCUCGGCUUGAAUUGGGCUAUGCAUUGUUUAGUUCCAAGAAGCAAUUUUGGAAAAAUGUUUUGGAGUUCAGUGUGGGCUGGUUUGGGUGACCGUCCUGUUAAGUUCCACAUUUAAAUCUGAGAUUAAUGAACUCAAUUCAUCUGAUCUGUAGUCUCACACCUAAUCCCCCUCCUACAUUAAACUGUCAAAAUACACUUUUUUAAAAAAAUCUAUUGUUUGUUGGAAUGUUACAUAGGAUGAAUAGUACUGCAUAUGACUCAUUUUCAACCCCCAGCCCCCAAAGCGUUAAUCAAAAAUCCCUCUCUUUCCUUUCACCCCCCUCAAUUAUUUUGUUUUUAAGAUGUCUGUUUGCAGUGGUGCAGCAGUGUUCGGUUUAUAAACAGGAGUUCGGUUUAUUUCCACCAGGAAUAAAUGAUGUGGCAUUUUUCAUUUUAUAUAGGUACUAAUCUCUCAUCUACAGAGCAUGCUAUAUAUUUUGUGUUCACACCCUCAUUGUGCCUCCAUUUUUAUCCUUGCUUCGCUCUUAUGUCAACGUCUUUUCAUGCUGUGGAUAUAUAAACACAGGGCAUGCCCCUUCUAAAAAUACAUGCAAAUUAAGUUCCUUUAAGUGUUGCACCUUUUUUUUUUACACAGAAAACCCCAGUGUUUGUUUUGCUGUUUAUGAGACUUUAAUAUGUUCAAAGUGUUUAUUGUGAUGUAACGAGAAUUCUGACACAGAUACUAGUGGGCGGGGAAGGGACUGGGGAGGGGGAGACACACCCUCAAGUUCCACUUUUACUCAUGGCUAGUUUUGUAAGGUCAUUGCGACGAGGCUGUUUGUCAGCUCUGGAAAAGUUUAGAAAUCUAAGCAGAUACUCAGUUCACUUACUUUAGAGCUGUUUAUGCCAUUGGGAUAAAAACGUUAAAAGGUAAUGGAUUUGUGGUUUGGGUUUGAUUUGGCUGUCUGAAUUGUUUUAUGCAUGUGAAUGGAAACGUGAAACUUGUGAUAAAGAUAGCUUGGUUAAGGGUAGAAAAAACGAUUUAAUGUCUUAAUCUAAGGUUACAGGUAGGUAGCCGCGUUGGUCUGACAUAUCUGAAGAAGUGUGCGUGCACAUGAAAGCUCAUACCUAUGACAAACUUAGUUGGUCUCUAAGGUGCUAUUGGAAGGAUUUUUUUAUUUUGUUUAAUCUAAGGUGGUAGGGUUAGUCUUUUACAGCUUAAACAACUGGUGGCACCUUAAACCAUUCCAUCAGAUGCGUGAAGGGUUAUAUACUAUUACGUAUCUGAUGAAGUGGAUUGUGGCCCGUGAAAACAUAUGCCGUAAUCCAUUCGAUGGUCUUUAUGGUGCCACAAGUGUUAUGAGUUGUUCAAUGUGCGUUUAAAUAAAGACCCAAAUGUUGAGUUGGCCCACCAGCUAAAGUGCAAAAAAGGAUAUUUUUUCAGUAGACUGGCCAGAAUAAGAUCAUAUGUGCACUCGAUCUUUUUCUAUUUUCACUCACCAGUUUGUGCUAGUAAAUUGUGAUGAAAGUGCUCAGCAUGUUUUCUGGAACUCCCUUAAUGGUUUUCCACUCUGUUUUUGUUGGCUGCUUCCCAUUUUCACUAUUGCUGGUAGCAGGCCCCUGCAGAGUUUGUCUGGGCCCCGGGGUGGGAGAUAGAAUAAAGUUAUGAACUCAGACAAAAGCAGCUGGUCCCUGGGAGGGGCCCUCAGCCAGCUGAGCCCUCCAAGAUCCAGGGCAAGUGUACGCAGCUGCCCCGACCUUCUGCACAGGUCUUGCUGGUAGGAAUCCCGUCAGAGCACUUUCUCAGAUGAUCUGUCUAGCUUGUACUACACCCACUACUAAAACCAUGGGAAAUGAGUUUCGAGGCCUUCCAACACAACAACCCUCCGUUUCAAUAUAUGUUGGCUUAAUCAAGGCUGCCGUCUCAGCAUGCCUAUAUUCAGGGUGAAAUAAAAUUCAUUUCAGUAAAUCUGUAUCAUAUUUCCAAACAUGCCAGACUGGGUGUGGAUGUGAUAUUAGUAGUGCAAUACUAUACAUGUGUAUUCAGAAGUAAGUCUCGCUGCUUUCAGUUGGGUUUGACUGUGGCACGUGAAAACUGUUAAGGAGAUGUAGUGCCAGGUCAGUGUAUUUCAGAAUUACCCAUAGAAUGCCAAGUUUCCUUCUUAACAGCAAAUAACUAGUGAAGCUUUGCUCUUGUUUUAUGGAAAUGAGUGUGAUUGCUCAGCUGAAGUAAAAUGUGACGAAUGAAUAGAAUGUGAUCUUCACAGUUUUAGUGCCCAUUGGGAGAAGUUGGUAUAGGCAAGGAAUCUGGUUUCCAAUCAAGAUUCCUAGGAACAUAGGAAACUGGUAGCAAGUCAGAUCAGUGGUCCACAUAGCUCAAUGAUUUCUGCACAGGUUGGCAACGGCUCUCCAGGGUUUCUGACAGGGGACAUUCUCUGCCCUACCUGGAACCUCCUGCAUGCAAAGCGACCAGUGUUAGAAACUGAGAUAUGGAAGCUAGGAGCUAAAUGGCACCUUAAAUCUAGGUUACGGGCGCAACAACAUAAUGUUUAGGCAUGCUUUUUUAAUAACAAGAAUACGAAGCUGAAAAUGAAUGAACUGCAACUAAAAUAUUAUGUUCAUUUUUCACAUGGUCUAGUCCAGGCAUCCCCAAACUUCGGCCCUCCAGAUGUUUUGGACUACAAUUCCCUUCUUCCCUGACCACUGGUCCUGUUAGCUAGGAAUCAUGGGAGUUGUAGGCCAAAACAUCUGGAGGGCCGCAGUUUGGGGAGGCCUGGUCUAGUCCUUCCCCUCCCCACCCACCCCCAUUAUUCUUAAGAGGUCUCUGGUCUUCAGAGUGUAGCUGGAAGUGGGGAGGCAGAAAAAGGCCGUCCUUUUCUUCCACUCUGCAGUUUUAAUCUGAAAUCUUAGGCGCAAUACUGCGCCCAGAGCUCAGAAACUGCUCGCGCUAAUGAAAUUCUCUGUUGCAAAAUGCGCCUAGAACAAUGGGAGUUUUGAACCCUGGAAGCUACUGCUCUCCUAUUGAGCUACACCCUUCACCGAACAACUGAUGUAUGUUGAAGGGUGGGAGGAGUCUUCAAAACAACUGUUUGGGUAAAAUAGGUUUUCAUAGGCUAUUAUUGGGCAGCCAUCUUCUAAUGUAACCAGGCGGGACACGAUCCAGUCUUGUUUGGUGAGCUGCAGUGGGAGCAAUAGUGGUCAGUGCUAUCUUUGGGUGCAAUGGGGUGAAGGGUAUAGAGCCCUGAAUAGGAGUGGAUAUACCAGUUCCACCAAAUAUCACCACUGCGUCUUUCCAGAAAUAUUAUUGUUGGGAUUCAGCGACUCCUUUGGAUUACUGACAGCUUGUCUAGCUUCUUCAUCACUUUCUGUGAAGGUGCAGAAGGGAAGGUUCCUCUAAACUUGACUGCUAUGAUAAUCUAGAGAGAUACUUGCCACCUACUUUCAUCAAGCCCUGGCAACUUAACCUGGCUUUCAAAAACAAUUUUUACUCCAGUGUUCUUGAGCUUUGCUGGAUCAGACCAAGAGUUCCCAAAAAUGGUAAUCCAGAACCAUUUUGGGGUAGCUUACAAGUAGGGAAUGAAAGCAACAACUCAUGGUUUGUUUCCCUGCAAACGAUGAUUCUUUAAAUAGAUUUAUUUCCCACCUUUCUUCAAUAGAGCUCAAGGUGACAUACAGAGAGUUCCUAGGCAGUCUCAUCCCAAUUGUUGCCCAGCCCUAGAUCUGGCUUGGCUUCAGAGAGUUUUCUGAAUCAUGUACUUUCAAACUCUAUGAACACAGUGCUUCUAAACACACUGGCUCAGUUUGGGUAAUCUGACUAAUAGCUGUUGGUGGACUUGUUCUCUCUCUACUUUAUUAUGGGUUUCAUCUUAUUCAAUAUAGUGCCUAAAUCUCAAGUUAGUUGCACAGAGCAUUCUUUCAAGCCAUUCUGUAAGUUGGGAGUUCCAAGUACUGUAGUGCAGUUCAGAAGCUAAGAACUCUGAAUAUACCCAGUUCAAAUCUUAACACCAAUCAUUAACUUGCUCAGGCUGCAGCCCUGUAUGUAAUUAUUUGGGACUAAGUCUUACUGGAUUCAGUAGGGUUUACUUUUGAAUAAACAUGCUUACGAACAGGCCGUGUUGCCUUGGGCCAACUACUACAGUGGAACCUCGGUUUACGAACACUCCGGUUUACGAACGCCGCAGAACCAUCUGGAACGGAUUAAUUCACUUUCCAUUACUUUCAAUGGGAAAGUUCGCUUCAGUUUAUGAACGCUUCAGUUUAUGAACAGACUUCCGGAACCAAUUACACCCAUGCUUCGGGUUAAGUACGCUUCAGGUUGAGUACUCCGCGGACCCGUCUGGAACAGAUUAAUCCACUUUCCAUUACUUUCAAUGGGAAAGUUCGCUUCAGUUUAUGAACGCUUCAGUUUAAGUACUCCGUGGACCGUCUGGAACAGAUCUAUCCACUUUCCAUUACUUUCAAUGGGAAAGUUCGCUUCAGUUUAUGAACGCUUCAGUCAGUUUAUGAACAGACUUCUGGAACCAGUUGUGUUCAUAAACCGAGGUACCACUGUAUACCUCAGCUUUGGCUCCAUCCUUCUUUAAAGGGUUAAUAAUACUGCCCAAAACUGUCCUCCAGUUUUACCCUGUGUGAAACAGGCUUCCAUUUUUCUGCCGCAUUCUCAGAGCACUUUAAAACUUACUUGGAAUUCCUUUAGAAUUUUGGCUGGCUUGUGGUUCUGAGCUUACCUUAUCAUUGCAAGGUACCCGAAAAGGGUUCUUUCCAGAAUAUAUUUCUCCAGCACUCUGCAGCCUCCCUUGCUGCCUACCCUUUUUUGAUCUGAAAAAGCCCCAUGGAAAGCUUUGGCUCAUGAUGCAUUUCCCUGGACUUUAAAUUGAAGUGUUGGCACCUGGGAAGGCUGCAGAGUGCUGGUGAGAUGAAAAAGGUAAAGGUAAAAAGGUAAAGGUAAAGGUAAAAAAGGUAAAGGACCCCUGAUGGUUAAGGCCAGUCGAAUUUGACUGUGGGGUGUGAUGCUCAUCUCUGCUUUCAGGCCCAGGGACCUGGCGUUUUUCCGCAGGCAGCUUUUUUGGGUCAUGUGGCCAGCAUGACUAAACCACUUCUAAAAUGUGGGAGAAAUUUUCAGCACAGCACUUAAGUUUAGAGCUAUGUGGAUGAGCCCCAAUGAGCAAAGUCUGGGGCUUCCAAACUUUUCUUCCUUUUCUCCCAUGCAACCAUGGGAGGAGGACAUUGCUGGAGUAUAUUUUCACUUUUAAGGAAUCCCCACUUACUAUUCUGUUUGAACCCGGGAUCCUGGUUGAAAAUAAAGAUUAACGCACCAGCUUCAUAAUCUACAAUUUGAAGCUGGCUUCCUAUGACUCAAGAGUUUGUUUUAAUAAAGUUCAUUGAUUCAAACCCAACACUAAGUAUAUUGGGCUCAUGGGAACCAGAUAGGAAAAGUGGGAUGCAUGUAAGCUUGACGCUUUGCUUUGGACCAUUAAGACCCUUUCACAUAAUACCAUAGUUUAACCAUGGUUUAGUGUGGGUUGCGGAUGUAUUCAUUGUAACAUAAUUUGGACGUUACAAAUGCUAGGUAUUAUCGCUGCUGCAGUCAAACCUCGGUUGUCGAACAUAAUUGACUCCCGAAACAUUUGGCAACCGAGGCUCGGCUUCUGAUUGGUUGCAAGAACUUCUUGCACUCCAGCGGAAGCUGCGUCGGAUGUUCGGGUUCCAAAAAACAUUUGCAAAAUGGAGCAUUCACUUCCGGGGUUUUGGCAUUCGGGAGCCGAAAUGUUUGAAAACGGAGCCAUUCAAGAACCGAGGUUUGACUCUGCAGUAUUUCUUCCCAGUUGCAUUGUUCUUGAUGGCCCAGGCAAAUGAAGAGAUAAAUGGUAUGAGUUGGAAAUUAAUCUUGAAGGAUUGUAAAUAAAUUCAGUAAUGAAAUAUGUGUUGCGAAUGGGCUAGUGGAUGCGGUUAAAAUAUUUUAAAAUACAAGUUUUCAAAGAGCCCUCGUGAAAGGUACAUGCCCACCAUGCUUGGAUUCUCUUAUUUUAAAAAUGAGUUUUUAGAAAUUGGUACUUCAGAAAGCUUUUGGAAAAUGGUACUCACAAAUACUGGGGAAAAUAUAAAUAGCAGCAAAUAAUUGGGCAUAGGUCUGGCAGAUGGAGUCUGAUGAUUAAAAAACCCAUACAAUUUUUUGUACAGUAGGUAUCUUGAGCGUCCUAUGGCUUUAUAUACAUUUUGAGUUUUUGAUACCACUGUACAAAGUUCCAGAAGAAUCACUGAGAUGCUUCUUUAGCUAAGAAUCUGUCAGAAUGGAUGGCUUGGAACUGCUUCUUCAGAAUUCCUUGCUACUCUAUACAUUUCUUAGCUCUGAAGACAGUACAAAAAUGUUGCAUACCUCACCUUUCCCACUUCCUCUUUCAUUUGUCUGAACAACCUGUUGAUUUGUGAGCACAAUAAAACUACUUUGCAGUAUGUUUUUCUGAGUAGCACACAAUUGUAAUUGGAACUGCUGGCAAUUAAACAGAUGCACACAACAACUUUUGUUUCAGAAGCCUUCAUUGUCAAUGCGAAGGAGGAAUUUUUCAAACGCCAAAGUAAAAAAGAAGUAAGGAAGGGGGCAGCUGUGGAAUUUGCCUUACUGGGUGAAAGGAGAAUUGUGGUUUAAGAAGCUACUGGCUUCAUAGAGCAUUCGGAAUUUCUUGCCUCAAAAGAAUCUGAUAUACGUUUGAGGAGAAAGGAAGCUAGGACCAAACAAAAUGCUUUAUAACCUGAACAAUUCUGACUGUAUAGAAAUCUCUAUUUUCCUUCCUUCCUGGUUGCAGACUGUGACUUCCCUUUUCCUUUUCUUUUUUUAUGUGAAAAGGAAUUUCAGACCAAACCUUACCACAGUGGAAAUGCCAUAAAACAAAAUCACUCUGGGUAGCUCAAACGCUGUGCAACCGAGAAUGGCACUCAAACCGUUUGCAGCCUGAUACGAAAGGACUUUCAUUUGGUACUAGGACUGGGGAGGCUUUCAUAUCUAAAAAUGAACAUUUAACUGCCCUUCGAAGUUUGUUAUUGGAGAGAGAGGAGUAAGGGAGAACACGGUCGUCCCAAAUAGUGUUUGCUUGAUUGAAAGCAGAUAUGGUCCGGAAAAAGAACCCCCCUCUAAGAAACGUUGCUAGCGAAGGUGAACCCGAGACCCUCAAGUCGCCGGGUCCUGAAAGUGACACUAUUGAAAGGCAACGAGAGUUUUCUGCCGGUCAGAUGCAAGGGAACGCUGAGCAGAGCGAGGCUGCGGAGCAAACGGACAAGGAGGGGUUUUGCACGCAUGUCCCAGAGUCAUCUCCCAGCACUAAAAAGGACUUUAAAAGCUCCGCAGCAAGCGAAAAGGCUGGCUUCAAUUAUGAAAGCCACAAUAAGGGAGGAAAUGUUCCAUCCUUCCCUCAUGAUGAGGUGACAGAUAGAAAUAUGCAGGGCUUCUCAUCUCCAGCUGUUGGGGGAAUCUCGGAGUCCUUGAAGUCUCCUCUCAGAUCAGAUGCAGAUGACACCCAAGAUGUGAUCUGCACCCCGCCAGGAGAUCUGUCGGAGAAAAGCGAUGAACACCGCACGUCACCAAAAUCUACGGACGAAACGGUGCAUGUGCAAAGCGGCCAAGCCGAGGGCCGGGGUUCGAGCCCUGUUUCGGUGGCCUCAAAAAACCCACAAGUGCCUUCAGAUGGGGACGCGAGGCCAAGCAAAUUGAAAGCAGACUUGCUGGCAAAUGAGAACCCUGAUAUGGCGCCUCUGUCUCCAGAGCUUCAGGACUUCAAAUGCAACAUCUGUGGCUAUGGUUACUAUGGGAACGACCCCACAGAUCUCAUCAAACACUUCCGCAAGUACCACCUCGGGCUGCACAACCGCACCAGGCAGGAUGCUGAGCUCGACACUAAAAUUUUGGCUCUCCACAACAUGGUGCAGUUCAGCCACUCCAAAGACUUCCAGAAAGUCAAUUGUUCUGUGCUGUCAGGGGUCCUGCAGGAUAUCAAUUCCCAAAGGCCUGUCCUGCUAAACGGGACUUACGAUGUGCAGGUGACUUUAGGUGGGACCUUUAUUGGCAUUGGACGCAAAACUCCAGAUUGCCAGGGGAACACCAAGUAUUUCCGCUGCAAGUUCUGCAAUUUCACCUACAUGGGCAAUUCAUCGACAGAGCUGGAGCAACACUUCUUGCAGACCCACCCAAACAAGAUAAAAUCCACCGUUCCUGCCUCUGAAUCCAGCAAAGCCUCAGACAGGAACUCGAGCAAAUCCAGUCCUACUGUUCGAUCAUGUGAGGCUGCAGAUUUGGGGAAGUGGCAGGACAAGAUCACCAUAAAAGCAGGAGACGACACUCCAGUUGGUUAUUCAGUUCCCAUCAAACCUCUCGAGUCCUCAAGACAAAACGGUACGGAUGCCUCCAGUUACUACUGGUGCAAAUUCUGCAGCUUUAGUUGUGAAUCAUCCAGCUCGCUGAAACUGUUAGAACAUUACAGCAAGCACCAUGGGGGGAGCCAGGCAGGGGGCCCUCACCCAGAUCGGAAUGACAAGCUCUCAAGGGGGUCGGUCAUUAAUCAUAAUGACUUAGCCAAAAAUUCAGAUGGAGAGUUAGCAACCAAGACCGAGAAGGGCUCUAGCGUGGCCAAAAAGAAAGACUUUUCCAGCUCAGGAGUGGAGGACAACAUGGUGACAAGCUACAAUUGUCAGUUUUGUGAUUUUAGAUACUCUAAGAGCCAUGGCCCAGAUGUAAUAGUGGUGGGGCCUCUUCUUCAUCAUUAUCAGCAGCUGCACAACAUUCACAAGUGUGCCAUUAAGCACUGUCAGUUUUGUCCCCGAGGCCUCUGUAGUCCAGAAAAGCACCUUGGAGAUAUUACUUAUCCUUUUGCUUGCAGGAAAAGUAAUUGUUCCCACUGUGCUCUCUUGCUCUUGCACUUGUCCCCUGGGAUGCCAGGAGGCUCCAGAGUCAAGCACCAGUGUCACCAGUGCUCUUUCUCCACCCCCGAUGUAGACGUUCUCCUGCUUCACUAUGAAACCACACAUGAAGCCCAGGCGACUGAAGUCAAGCAAGAAGCUAAUGCCCCGCAAGGGUUGGAUGGGCUGCUGAGUGUCAAAGAAAGCAAAGACCACACGUGCACCAAAUGUGACUUUGUCACUCAGGUAGAAGAGGAGAUUUCUCGACACUACAGGAGAGUCCAUAACUGUUACAAAUGUCGUCAGUGCAGCUUCACAGCUGUUGAUACUCAAACCCUACUGGAGCACUUCAACACUGUGCACUGCCAAGAGGUGGACAUCACCACAGCCAAUGGGGAAGAUAGCCAUGGGGUGGCUGCUGCUCUCAAGGAAGAGCCCAAAAUUGACCUAAAGGUCUAUAGCCUGAUCAGUGCAGACCCCAAACUGGGAGAGCCUGUCUCUGAAAGUAUAGUGAAGAGGGAAAAGCUGGACGAGAAGGAAGUACUGAAGGAGAAAUGUUGGCCUGAUGGGUCCAGUGACGAUCAUCGUGGUGCAACUUGGAGAGGAGUGGACAUUUUGAGGGGGAGCCCUUCCUUUACCCAAACAAGCUUGGGCCUUCUGACCACAGUGUCUGUGGGCCAAGAGCAGCCAAAGCCCUUAAGGGAUAGUCCAAACGUAGAAGCUGCCCAUCUUGCACGGCCUGUUUAUGGCUUGCCUGUUGAGACCAAGGGGUUCCUGCAAGGGGUGCCCCAAGGAAGCGGAGAGAAAGCUGGACCACUCCCUCAGCCAUAUCCUGGAUCUGGUGAUAACAAGGCGAAGGAUGAAUCUCAGUCCCUCCUACGGAGACGUAGAGGCUCAGGGGUUUUCUGUGCCAACUGCCUGACCACAAAGACCUCUCUCUGGCGAAAGAAUGCAAAUGGAGGAUAUGUAUGCAACGCGUGUGGUCUCUACCAGAAGCUUCACUCGACUCCCAGGCCUUUAAACAUCAUUAAGCAGAACAACGGUGAGCAGAUCAUUAGGAGACGAACGAGAAAGCGCCUUAACCCGGAGGCACUGCAGGCUGAGCAGCUAAACAAACAGCAGAGAGGGAACAGUGAGGAACAACAAGUCAACGGCAGCCCGUUAGAUAGGAGGUCAGAGGAUCAUAUAACCGAAGGUCACCAGAGAGAAAUCCAGCUUCCCAGCCUGAGUAAAUAUGAAGCCCAGGGCUCAUUGACUAAAAGCCAUUCUGCUCCGCAGUCAAUAUUGGUCAGCCAAACUCUGGAUAUUCACAAAAGGAUGCAACCUUUGCACAUUCAGAUAAAAAGUCCUCAGGAAAGUACCGGAGACCCAGGCAAUAGUUCCUCUAUAUCAGAAGGAAAAGGAAGCUCAGAGAGAGGCAGUCCAAUAGAGAAAUACAUGAGACCUGCUAAGCAUCCGAACUAUUCGCCACCCGGAAGCCCCAUUGAAAAGUACCAGUACCCACUCUUUGGGCUUCCAUUUGUACACAAUGACUUUCAAAGUGAAGCUGAUUGGCUGAGAUUCUGGAGUAAAUAUAAGCUGUCCGUUCCCGGGAAUCCACACUACUUGAGUCAUGUGCCUGGCCUACCAAAUCCUUGCCAAAACUAUGUGCCUUAUCCCACCUUUAAUCUGCCUCCUCAUUUUUCAGCUGUCGGAUCUGAUAAUGACAUUCCUCUAGAUUUGGCGAUAAAACAUUCCAGACCUGGGCCAACUGCAAAUGGAGCCUCCAAGGAGAAAGCUAAGGCACCGCCAAAUGUUAAAAAUGAAGGUCCCUUGAAUGUAGUCAAAACAGAGAAAGUUGACCGAAGUACUCAAGAUGAGCUGUCAACCAAGUGUGUGCACUGUGGCAUUGUCUUUCUGGAUGAAGUGAUGUAUGCCUUGCAUAUGAGUUGCCAUGGUGACAGUGGACCUUUUCAGUGCAGCAUAUGCCAAUAUUUUUGCACGGACAAGUAUGACUUCACAACUCACAUCCAGAGGGGCCUACACAGGAACAAUGCACAAGCUGAAACGAAUGGCAAAUCUAAAGAGUAAAGAUAAAUAAAAUAAAAUAAAACCUUAGCACUUAGCACAAUUAAAACAGAAAUAGGUUUCCUUGAUGGGAAUUCAAUAGCUUGUAAUGUCUUAUUAAGCACUUCAUAUAGCAAGCAUGCCUUAUCCAGUAUACAAUCCUUCGUUCUUUUCUCUUCCCUCCUUUUCCUUCCUCUCUAGACAAAAAAAAAAAGUUACCAAGAAGGAAAAGCAAAAUGGAUGGCAGAUGGAAUUGGGGGUUAAGGGAUAUUCACUCGGGACCCGUCCACCAAAACUAUACAGAAGACACUAUAUCAGGGCAAGUCUCUUCCGGGGGGGGGGGGGACGGACCCUAAUCAGACAACUAAUGCUUUUCGUUCUUGUAGCUGCCUAGAAUGCAAAGAUGUAUAAUGCAGGUGUACAGUAACAUAUGCACACUGUAUAGCAAAAAUGGACUUGUUAAAUAAACUGAUGUCCAGAAAUCUAGUAGUAUUUUUUUUUCCUCAUUUGGGUUCACUUUGGCCUUAUUAGAGCAUCUGACAGCAUCCACCAUUUCUGCAAUCUGGAGAUAGUAGUUUUCUCCAGGCGUCACUCAUGCUAAAGCAGCCGGUAGCUACUAUUUUGAUGGCUAUCGGCUUGCAGUCUACAUCAGUACUCCCCAAUCUAUCAAGGUCUAGUGCAAUAGUAGAUCGAAUAGGUACCUGCAGACCCAGGAACAAUCAUCAGGAGCAUUCAAAAUCACGAAAGCCUUCUUCCCUUGCAAUCUGAAAACUUUUUUUAAAAUGAAAAAAAAUAUGUAUCUCAGGAAAGGUUAAAGUUAAAUGACGCUGGUGUCAGGAAAAAGAAAAAGAAAACCUAUAUAUUUGUAGUCCAGACCUUCUCCUUUCCAGUCUGAAAGAUGCGAGAAGGCCCUUUAAAAUAGGUAUUGUGCUGCUGUUCAUUAAUUUCCAGCGCAGUACAGGCCCCAGGGUUGCAAACUACAUCUCAGGGGUUUCUGAGUAACGUGCUUUGGCCAAAAUACAGGUUUUGGAGUAACGUUCUGUAGAAAAUUGCUCUGCCUGGCGACUUAUCUCUUUUAUGGAAGCUUCUUUGCCAAUUUGAUGUGCAUAGUAUUAAUGUUUUGCAUUAGCUAUUCUUUCUAAAUUUCGCUUCAGGGUUGAGUGCAUGACUCACUUUCCCCAAAGCCCUUUGGUUAUUUAUAUGUAGCGGUCAAUCUCUUCACUAGACUUAAUGCCAGCUUUUGCUCGUGUCUGCCUUCAUGGCUGUUUUCGUUUUUAAUACUUUAAAAAGAAAAAGAGAGGGGAGGCUUUUUGUAAAACUAGCCCAUGAAGGGAAAGCUCCUCAGCGUAACUGCUCAGGGAAAUAGGUCUAAAUAACUCAAUAUCCAAUCAUUGGUUCAAGGUGCUGUUAGCUAAGCCUCCUUAGAUGCUACAAGGAUCUGCAAAGGACAGACUUCAAUUCAUUUGCACGAUAUCGGCCCAGCCAGUAGUUUUGAUUGUUGUUGUUUUUACGAAGGGAUAUACAAAGAGAUAUUACAAGCUACUGGAUGCACUGUCAGAUUAACUUAUUUCAUUUAAGAAGUUGGGAGAACAAAUAGGGAAAAAAACUUAUUUUUCUAGUAAAUAUUAAUGUAUUACAUUUCAAAUAAUGGUGCCUGACAUAUUGAAUAAUUAUUUUCUACAGUGUACGUAUGCAACAAAGAUAUUCCAUCAUGCAUAAGAUUCAGCGCUGGCUCAGCCUCGCUCUGUUUACAUUUGCAAAUGUAGCAAACAAGGUAAUGAAGCAAAUUUCUAUUGCAGUAGGUCUCUUUUAUUUGUGCGUGUGUGUGUGCAUUAAAAAUUGUAAACAGUAACAUGAAAUGAAUGGACUUUGUUGAUAUUAAUGAUUUGCUGGGGGAGAAGAAGAUGAAAAAGAAGAAGAAAAGGGCAAGAAGGAAAUGCGAGAAUAUUUUUACGCCUACUUAGGAGGAAGCGAAAGGGUAGCACGAUUCAUUCCAAGUACUUUUUUUGUAUUCUUAAGCUCUUAACUCACAUUGUUAUGCUUAAAAUGAUAAACAUAUAUCCUCUUUUUAUUGCUUUGUCUAUGUUUCAGAUGAAACAUUUCAGAGAUUAUGUCGAGAGGUGCCAUACGACUCCUUGGCACUGAAGGUUUUUAUUGCAUUCUGUAGUCGCAUUGCACUCCCGUUUUUACCAUAUUACACAGCCGCUUCAUUGUUUGGUUUUUUGUGUUCUUUUGUUGUUGUUGUUGCAUUGGGGCUUUACUUCUUUAUUUCGCAUUGCAGGCUCUUUAGUCUCUCGAGGUUAUGGAGUACAACUGGUUCCUGAAUGUUGCUGCGAAUGAAGUUUUAAACCGUCUUGUUGUAUAUCCAGUUUCCUGUCCCUCCCCUGUUUUGUUUUCUCAAUUGUUCUAUGAAUUUGUUUCUAGGGGGUGGGGAAGGGCGUAGCUCGGUGGUAGAGCAUCUGCUUUGCAUUCGGGAAGCCUCCUCUCCCCCGGGUUCAAUCCUGGGCAUCUCCUGGCAGGGCUGGGAGAGGUACCCCAGCCUGAGACCUUGGAGAGCCACUGCUUACCAGUGAGUAAACAGUACUGAGCUAGAUGGACCAAUGGUCUGACUCGGUAUAAGGCAGCUUCCUAUGAUCCCAUCAAGGCUAGAUUACCCCAGUUCAGAAAGGUAUGUUAAAGGGCCAUCUUCUGCUCCCACUUACAUGCUGCCUAUCACAAAUGUUCAUGUAAUUCAAACUAACUUUUAAUAAGAGUCAGACGCGUCAUUCUCUGAUGAGCAUUUAAAAUAAACCUAGCCGGAGCUGGGAGAAGGGAGAGAGGACCUUGAGGUUAGGGUCAUUUUCUGACUAGUGGUUCUUUUGGUACAGGGCUCAGAUUUGGAAGUGUCCCUUAAUGAAAUCUGCAAGCCACCCCCAAUUUUAGCUAAACCAUGUCUCCGCUUCCAAGUCUUCUGAAACCAGUAACACUGGCUGCAUUCCUAAACACACCUACUAGGGAGUAAAAGUCUCAACAUAACUUUACUGUUGCACAGGAUCACUCCACACACAGGACCCUCCUGAAAGGUGUAGGGAUCCACGCUGGAAUCAAGCAUGGUUUUGGCAAAGGAUAACAUGUUUUCAGGGGUGAAAACAGAUGACCACUUGCCAGGUGGUAACUUAUCCAUGGUGUGUAAUGUAACCAUGUUGCAACUUGGUCACCUGUAGUCCAGAGAGGCGUUUUAUCACGUAUCCUUUUUAAGCUUUAUGAAGACAACGGAUUAAAAAUUACUUGGCUAAUUUGACAGGAUAAUAUAGGCAACUAUUUAAACCUCCAGCUGGACCAGCUUACCAUGCAUGUCGUGGUCAGUUAUUGCAGUGUUUCCCAACCUUGUGCCUCCAGAUGUUUUGAGACUACAAUUCCCAUCAUCCCUAGCUAGCAAGACCAGUGGUCAGGAAUGAUGGGAAUUGUAGUCCGAAAACAGCUGGAGGCACAAGGUUGGGAAACACUUGAGAUAUUGUAUGCACCCAACACUGAUAUUGAAAGCAAAAUGUGGGAAAUGUCACCCUGCGUGAGAAGCACUCCCAUACCUGACCACCACAGGUCUUGCUGACCUUGGCAGUGUUACAGAAGCUGCAUUUCUUACGGGCAACUUGUUAUUGAAUCAUUCCUCCCAAGCCUGCUGUUUGGCAGCAAAGGGGCAUAUCCUUAGAACUUCAGCUAUGCGCAAGCCUUCGCCAAGCCUAAAGAAGCCCCGCAGACUCAUAGGGCAAUCCCUCAGGGUGCAUGGAUAGUAGGCUGCAUUUGGCUUGGCAGGUCACACAUUCUGCAGGCCUAACUGACCACUACCAAGAAGGGGGUUUGCUCUUAGCUCAAGGAUGUGUCGAGCAACUGCUUGCUCAUCCUCUUGGUUAAGGGAGGCUGUUAAGCCAUAUCCCCAGAAAGGGAUCAUGAAAAUGAAUGUUUGCGGAAUACUGGAAAGUUGCAGUAGGUGGGAGUGCCAAUGCCACUAUAUUUUCAUCAACCUCGUGUAAUAUGAUCUGCCCUGCUUCAGCGCUUUUAAAGCAGUUGUCCUCCAACAACGUUUAGGUCAAUGGCAGGAGCUGAAAGACACAAUCCAUUUUCUAGCGACACAGUGUUCCAUUAAAAACAUCCAUUGUGUCAAAUUUUCGGGACAAAUGCCAAAAAUUAACUGCGUUGAGAUUUAACUAGUUAAUAUCAGCAGGUUUGUUUUGGUUUUUAAAGUUUCUCCACUGCUGGAAGAUAUCCCUUUCCAGGACUCUAAGAAGAAGGAGUUUUGUGUAUUAGGGCUCAUCUUUAAUCUGCAUCCUACCCUCCUUUUCCACCACCAUGCUUUGCAGCACAGCUGGUGGGAUAUGCCCCCCCCUCCUUGAAUGUUCAGCUUUUUUUAAAAAAAAAAGUCCUUAGUCCUUUUCCUUGUGGAGCUAUAAGGAAGAGGAUACAGGCAAAAUUCAACCCAGUUACUCCCAGUGCUAGAAAUUGAGAUAUGAAAGCUAGGAGCUAAAUGGGUUAUGGUUAUGGGUGCAACAACAGAAUGUCUAGGAACGCUUUUUUAUAGCAAGAAUACAAAGUGUGCAGCUAAAAUAUCAUGCUCAUUUUUUGCAUGGCCUAGUCCUUCACCUGCCCACCCCCUAGUAGUCUUAAGAGGGUCUCUUCUCCAGUCUUCAGAGAGUAGCUGGAAGUGGGGAGGCAGAAAAAGGUCCUCCUUUCCUUCCACUCUGCAGUUUUAAUCUAAAAUCUUAGGCACAGUACUGUGUGCUGAGCCCAGAGCUCAGAAACUGCUUGCACUAAUGAAAUUCCCUGUUGCAAAAUGUGCCUAGAACAAUGGGAGUUUUGAACACUGGUUACGCCCUAGUGUAACUUCCACCUCCCAGUGUCAUAACCAAAGGCGCUGACAUUAUUGACAAGCACUACACCUUUUUUAAAAAACGUUGCAAAAUUAGCAUGUAUUGCAUUACUAUUUAAUACGAUUAAAUAACUGUUCAUGUAUUGGGCUACCUGAUACCACCUGCCCUGUCAGGUUAGGCCCCGCUCGUUGCCAUUUGUAGGCCUGAGCUAUUCCAGAAGGGAAACAGUUUGAGUCUACAAGCCUGGGCGAGGCAGGUGUGGUCUGUGGGCUUUACAUUGCCGACCCCAGGUCUAGAUCACUAGAGUUUUACUCGGAGAAAUAUUAUUGCUGUGCAGCUUAGCUUCCUUCUAAAACAGCCUUUACCAACUUGGUGCCUUUGGAGUUUUGAAGUGCAGCUCUCAUCAUCCCCAGCCAGGUUGGCAAAGGCUGAUCUAAAACAAAGAAAUACACCUGACAGUGUGGGGAUUUACCGUAAAAUUUAACCUAAGUUUUU